AUGGAAAUCAGCAUCAACAGGACUAAUGUUCUUACUGAGAUACAUCCCUGCUAUAAAUUAGAUGUUUCUUACUUACUGACAAGCAACCCUUCUACAAUAUGUGUAUUGUUUCAUAUUUUCCUUGGGUCAUUAUCAGCUGUAACUGUAUGUGGAAACCUUCUUGUCAUAAUCUCCAUCACUUACUUCAAACAGCUCCACACUCCUACAAAUUACCUAAUUCUCUCUCUUGCUGUGGCUGACCUACUUGUUGGGGUUUUAGUCUUUCCUCUCACCAUGGCAUUUUCUACAACCUUAUGUCGGUACUAUAAAGAGUUAGGUUGUAAAGUACGGAGCACGUUUGAUGUAUUACUGUGCACAUCUUCUAUUCUAAACUUGUUUUGUAUUUCUAUUGACCGAUAUUAUGCUGUGUGUCAGCCUCUGACAUACAGAGCUAAACUAAAUAGUCAUGUUGUUGUGCUCAUGAUCUUGAUGAGCUGGGGGGUUUCUGCUCUAAUUGCAACUUGCUUCAUAAUUGUCGGAAUAAACCAAGAAUUAUGUGCCGGAGCAUGUUUAAUCUUUGCUUUAAUGGCAUACAUUUUUGGACUUAUUUUUUCAUUUUACCUCCCAGCGAUUGUAAUGCUGGGUAUCUACUUGAAGAUUUUCCUUGUGGCACAGAGACAGGCACGCAGCAUCCGGAACACAACCUGUCAGAGAACAAAGUGUGGAGCAACUGUGAGUAAGAUGGAGAGAAAGGCCACCAAAACUCUGGCCAUUGUGAUGGGAAUUUUUCUGAUGUCUUGGCUUCCUUUCUUUCUUUGUACUACCAUUCUUUCCUUCAGUCAUGUCUAUGUGCCGCUUCCUUUGAUUGAACUCCUUAAUUGGCUUGCACUGUCAAAUUCUAUGCUCAAUCCGUUUAUUUAUGCUUUCUUUUACAGCUGGUUCAGAUCAGCUUUCAGAAUGAUCAUUUCUGGAAAAAUUAUUCAAGGGGAUUUUACAAACUCAAAACUGCUCUAA